UCAUCUCUCUCUCUCUCUACUUGAAAGAGCUCAUCUUUCACAAUUCCAUUAUCUAUCUUACCUACAGCCAGCCAUGGCCCGGCUACAUCCAACUUCACUGCCCUUUCUUCUCUCUCUAAAUCACUUGCUGUACCCAAUUAAGCCUUCAUCUUGAUUGCUCCUCUCCUUCUCUCUACAGGCUUCUCUGUCCUGUACUUCAAAUUCAAUUCUCCUAAUUUCAACUAGAAUCUCAAUCAUGCCUCUAGUUGUUGCAGAAAACUCAACAAUGGCAGAGCCCAUCAGAUACAGACGACCGAGAAACCAAAGCCAACCCAUCUCGGACCCCAAUCAAAUCCCUUCCAUCAUCCAAUCCACGCGCUGCAAAUCCACCAUUUCCUCUCUCCUCCUUUCCACCUUCACCCCCGCCGCCAACGACGCCUCCGCCUCCGCCUCCGCCUCCGCUGCCACGCCCAAAAAGAAGAACUUUGCGGCGGGGACGCUCCGGGGUCUCGGAUGCGCCGCCUCGCCGCAGGUCUCGGUGCCGGCGGCGAUCCGGGCGUCGGCCGAUUGGGAAGCUAAGAAGGUGAGGAAGAAGAAGCAAAAGCAGAAGAGUAAGAAGAAGGGUAGGGAUUUGGGCAUGGCGAACGGUUCCGACCCGUCGUCGGCGUCGGCCGCCGUGGUUGUUCCCGACGUUUGCUGCGGGCCCGGGAUUGGCUUCGCCGCUGAUGCUGCCGCCUCUGUUGAUUGCGUUGUUUCGAGAAGGCCCGGCGCCGGAAGAGUCAAAGUUGAUGGUGCCAAUAUGAAUCAGAGGGAGCAACGUUCAUGUCCUACACGGAGAAUGGUGAACCCGGAGGCAAUCUCUUUAUUGGAUUCUGAUCAUUCCUUUGGAAUGACAGGAUUUGAUGUAUUUGGAUCAAGGUAUCACCGUCAUGUCCGCCAUCCUUCUCCUGAAGGUCUUGCCGAGAUCAUGAUGUUCCAAAGUAGUCUGCUGAUGGGAGGAAGAUCUGUUGGAUUUGAUCGAUACAGGGACUGGAGACUUGAUGUUGAUAACAUGUCGUAUGAAGAGUUGCUUGAGCUUGGCGAUAGGAUUGGGUAUGUGAACACUGGACUAAAAGAGGAUGAGAUCGUUCACUGCCUGAGGAAAACCAAACUUUUUGACAAUGGGUUUUCACAGUUUGCCACAGAAAUGGAAUGGAAAUGCAGCAUUUGCCAGGAGGACUAUGAAAACGACGAUGAGAUGGGGAAGCUGGAAUGUGGGCACUUCUACCAUAUUCACUGCAUAAAGCAGUGGCUUGCGCGGAAGAAUACUUGCCCUAUCUGUAAAACUGCUGCAGCCUCUCAAAAAUGAUGCCCCCCAACAUGUUCGAGUCUCCCUUAACCCGCAUGGUGAUGGAGAACUGUGCCUUCCAUCUCUCCACUGUACAGGCUUGAUCUCCUGCGCAAGCAAUAAUUCAUUUUUUGUGUGUCUUCUUCCUAUUUCUAUCUACAAAUUAAAUUUGAAAUGAUGAAUGCUUCUUGAUUGAGAGCCCCCUGUUGAUUCGAAUUUAUUUUGUGGUCCUCUGAAUGGACCAUGAACCUUUUCAGUCUGUGCCAUUCUCAUACAAAUCACAGUUAUCCACAUUUUGUUCUGAUGUUUGGUUUGUAACGCCUGUUAACAAUGGCUUGAUUCGUUUUCUUCUACUCAUGAAUUUUAAGUGUUAGCUAUGGUUCUGGAGUGCUUUCAAA